GCUUAGAGUUUAAACAUCCCCUCCUCCAAUGGCGGAAGCAAGAGAUCAGCAGCACCUGGCCUCGAAGACGAUCCCGACGAUCGACCGAUGUUCCUCCAUUGACCGAGAGAACCACACCGUCGUGGCCGACAUGGAUGGGACUUUGCUUUGUGGUCGUAGCUCGUUCCCUUACUUCGCCCUCAUCGCAUUCGAAGCCGGUGGAGUCUUGAGGCUUCUUCUUUUGUUGUUGGCCUCUCCUAUCGCUGGAGUUUUGUAUUACUUCAUCUCYGAGUCUGCUGGAAUUCGUGUGCUCAUAUUUACAACUUUCGUUGGAAUGAAGGUUUCCGACAUUGAGUCGGUGGCGCGGGCGGUCCUUCCAAAAUUCUACGCACAUGAUUUGCACGUGGAGACGUGGCGGGUAUUCUCAUCGUGUGGGAAACGCUGCGUUUUAACCGCGAACCCGAGAAUCAUGGUGGAGCCGUUUCUGAAGGAGUUUCUGGGAGCUGACGUGGUCAUCGGGACCGAAAUCCACAAGCUGCCGCACGAUCUCACGUGCGGCGGCGGCGGCAAGCCGAGCCAUGAGGUGGCCAACUAUAUUCAGAGAACGAUCGCCGCUACGCUGUCGUUUGAAUGCACCAAUUUUACUAGAAAGGAUAAGUACAGAGCACUCGCCGGAAACGAUGGCGUCGUGGUGGAGAAGCCCAAGGUGGAGUCUACAAAGAUAAUGGGCUGCUGA